UUUUUUUUUUUCUAUCUAUUAUUAUUAUUAUAAUGAAAUUACCUUCAAUUCAUUCUUUACUUAAUCCUCCACCAUCACCACCAACAACAUUAACUUUGGACAAUAAUGUAAACCAACCACCUUCUGUACAAAUAUUCCCAGCUUCCCCUAUGGAAAAUUCGACUUUAUCACCCAUGUUAUCACCAGCUUUAUCGUCUAGUAGAUCACCUUCUAUUAGUUCAGUUGGUUCUAUUUCACCUGUUUCUAUGAAUUUAUCAGAAUUUCCUCCUAUUCAUGGUGAUGAUCCUCCAAGACGAUUAGUACAUUCAACUCCUACACUUCAUCCACGGUCUCCUUCUCAUUAUUUACAUCAUCAUCGUCUUCAUUCUUCUGAAAAGCAUCAACAAUCAUGGUCGUCUAACUGUUAUUCCAAGGACAACAAUUCUACUCCCCCUUUAGGUACUCUCCCUACUCCUCCUCAUUCAUUAUCUCCUCCACCUUCUAUUACCAUUUCACCUUCUUCUGAUACUCCAAAGAUAGCAACAAUAAAAUCAACAAAAGAAGAAAUACCAGCCCCUCCUCCUUGUACACAAAUAUUUAUAUCACCAACGGGUCAACCUAUUUUGAAACGAAGACGUGGGAGACCACCAACAAGAUCACCUGGUUACGAUGAAGGUGGUUGGACUUUUUUAUCACCUACUGUAUGGGAUGUCACAUCAACAACACUUGGACCUCAUCAACAUGAACGAAGGACAGAACAUGAAGACGAUGGUACUAUGAAUGAAUCUAUGGCGGCGUUUACAAGUGCAAAUAUGGAUACCGUUUUACCGAUGCCCAAGAAGAAACGAGGAAGGAAACCAAAAACUCAUAUUGAAGGCAAUUCUUGUUUUGUAUGGAAAGAUAUAUCUGCUGCAAGACGAACUGCCAAGACUCCAUGAAUGUUACAAUUUUAUCUUUAUUAUCAUCAUCAUCAUUUUAUUUUAUUCUUAUUUACCUGCAUCUUUAUUGUAUAUAGCACUUUAACUUCUUACUAUUGUUUAUAUAUACAUAUACAAAUAUUCUUUCCCCCCUUCUCCAAUUUAUUUUAUGCUUCUUUUCUUAUAAUAAAAAAGAUACCAAUUUUUUUUUUUUAUGUUUAUCAUC